UGCUCAUCUCCCAGGCCACAACCACACUCAAGUCAUUCAUACGUUCUGUAAAUGUAUUUAAGGCUUGGGGCGAUAACAUUCAUUAGGAUAAUAAAUGUGAACGCUAAACACAAAAUGACAAUAUUCAGCUGAAAAGUUUUUGUUUUUUUUUGUUUUUUGUUUUUAAAUAAAAUUCGGCUCUUAUAUUCUAAUAAGAGCCAUAAAAAUUGCAAAUCUUGCAGUACAGUAGCAGAAAGCUUAAGUAAAAAGAAAAUUACAUUUGGUAAUGAAAGAAGUAAAAUCACUGCGAUGCAGGGAUUAUUGAAUCAUUGUAUGUUUAUAUAGUAGUUAUGGUGGGGUAUUCCAUGCUUGAAUUUAACGCAUCAAUUUGACAUUGGUCUUGUUUAUAUGCAUCAAGUUCAGAAAAAAAGCAGCAAUUUUGACUUUGAAAAUCACGCAGAAGCCCUGAUAUUGAUCGGAUGUUAUCUCCUCAGUAAUUCAAAGAUGAGAAGACUCGAAAAAUGGAGAAAUGUAAUUACCCAACUUCUCCGUCCAGAGAUGGUAUUUGGAAUAGAUCACAAACUUUCCAGUAAUCCGCGGGACUAUUUUUCCUCCAUAUUUCUAACUUUCAUACCUCCUGUUAAAGGUCAUUUAAAAUCACCAAAGAUCUCGAUUAUCAAUAAAUUUGAGAAACCGUACAAAUAUAACUUAAUCCUUCCCUCAAUCUUUUUAGUGAGGAUUUAUAUUUUUUCGACUCGUUACUUAUGAAAAAAAGGUUUUUCUAAGCUUUAAAGCUGCAUUUAACGAUAUGAAACUGAAGUCACGUGAGUUCUCGAGCCAAUUGGACCCUCUGUUACCAGGGAAAACACUUGACUCAAGCUCCUCCAUUCAACAGCUCUUGUUUUAGGACUUGCUCAAGUGCACAGAUUUUAUCCAGGGACUUGAACUUUUGUCUCUUGUAGUCAAUAAAAAGCUACAAUUAAUAAUAAUAAAACUUUUUUCCGCAGGAGCGUUGUUGGUCAUUUUUAAAUUCACCAGCUCCCUCGUUUUAAGAUGGCUGGCGAUGAUAAAACUAACCGCAGUCAUAUUGUCCGCCCUUUCCUCUCCAUGCCAUAAUAUGACCGGGAGCAGCCUAGAACAAAUUCGAACAAACCCUUUCUUUUAUUUACGCUAUUUUCUAAAGCGAAGCCUGUGAUUGGCCGAGGAAAUCGGAAGUAGUAACAGUAAUACGGAAGUGCAGCAGCAAUGUGUCAAUGUGAAAGCACCCUGCAAGGGUUUUUUUAAAUUUAUGCAUAAAGGUUAAGUUAAGGUUUUGUUCGUGUGUUUAGAAAACAUGGCUUGCUUUUUCAGGAGAAAAAUCGCGGAGAAGCUGGGUAGAGCGCUGCAGCAGUCAGAGGAUGUUUUCAUUCCAGCUCUGACAGCAGUUCCAGUCCUGAAGAAACAGCAGGGAGCCGAUUUCAGGCUUUUAAUUGGAACCCUGAGAGCCAGUGGGAUUUUACCAUCCAGUGGAGACAUUCAGGUGCAGACAGAAAACUUGGCCACUCAGUUGAAGCAGGACAAUGUGGUGGAACACAUCUCAGCUGCACGUGGAAUUAUCAACUUUAAAGUUAAUCGCAAGCUUCUUGCUCAGAAAUUGUUGGAGCCAUUUGGAAAUGGGGAGAAUGAUAAAUUCGGGUUAAAUAGUGAACUUUUCAAUACUCUCACGACAGGAACGACGUUAGUGGAGUACAGCUCUCCAAACAUUGCCAAAAAAUUCCAUGCUGGACACUUGCGGUCCACAAUAAUUGGUAACUUCAUUGCUAACCUUAAACAGUCACUUGGAAAUGAUGUCAUUCGAAUGAACUACCUUGGAGACUGGGGGAUGCAGUUUGGUUUGCUGGGAGCUGGAUUUGGGCAAUUUGGAAGUCCGGAUAAAUUAAAACAGAAUCCCUUACAGCAUUUGUUCGAAGUUUAUGUUCGAGUAAACAAAGAAGCAGAGAACAAUGAGGAUAUGAAACAGGCUGCCAGAGACUUCUUUAGACAGCUGGAGCAGCACGAGAGCCAUGUUGUCUCCUUAUGGCAGCAGUUCAGAGACAUCACAGUGAAGGAGUAUCAGGACAUUUAUGAGCGGUUGGGGGUCCACUUCGACGUUUACAGCGGGGAGUCCUUUCACCAGGAUCAGGCCCAGGAGGUGGUGCAGCAGCUGCAGAGCCGGGGCCUGCUGAAGACAUCUGAGAAGGGCACUGGUGUGGUGGAUCUUUCCCCCAAUAGAGACAUGACCAACGUCUGCACAGUGCUCCGCAGCGAUGGUACGACUCUCUACAUCACCAGAGAUGUUGCUGCAGCCAUUAACCGAAAGGAAAAGUACAGUUUUGAUGAGAUGAUUUAUGUGACAGAUAAAAGUCAAGAGAAUCACUUCUCCCAGUUAUUCCAGAUCUUGCUUGCGAUGGGUCACUCUUGGGCAGAUGGGUGUCGGCACGUGUCCUUUGGUCUGGUGCAGGGCAUGAAGACCAGGGCCGGUGAGGUGGUGUUUCUGGAGGACGUGCUGGACGAGGCUCGGGCCAGGAUGCUCAACAACAUGAGCCAAUCAAACACAACAAAGGAAUUGGAAAACCCAGAGGACACUGCAGAGAAAGUAGGAAUCAGCGCCCUAAUAAUCCAGGACUUCAAAGGCCCCCUGCAGUCAGACUAUAAGUUUAACUGGGACCGGAUGCUGCAGGCUCAGGGUGACACUGGUGUCUUCCUUCAGUACACACAUGCUCGACUCUGCAGUUUAAAGCAGACAAACAAAGGUGUAGAGGCAGUUGCCUUCGACCCAUCUCUUCUAUCUGAGCAGACGUGUACUGCCAUCCUACAGCACCUCCUUCGUUAUGACGAGGUAUUGUACCAGUCAGCUCAGGAUCUGCAACCUAAGCACCUUGUCAACUUCUUGCUGAAGCUGUGCCACCUGAUUGCUUCAGCGCACAGAGAGCUGCCGGUAAAAGGAAGCCCUGAGGCUGUUGCACAGGCAAGGUUACGACUGUUCAGCGGAGCAUGCUCAGUCCUGGCCAACGGGAUGAGAAUCCUGGGCAUCACACCAGUAAACAAAAUGUAAAAACCGCAUCGGUGUGUGUCAGUGUCCUUUUCAGUGCUGCAACUAUUGUUGACUUGUAUUCUAAAAACAGAGCCUUAUAUUGUCAAAAUAAAAUUAUGCUAGUCUGUAGGAUUGGGUCUAGUCUGUAUUCAGAAAAACACUUCUCUGCUAAUAAAAACUGUACAAUUACCUUCAUUACAAGACAACACUGAAGUGAUUAAAACAAAAAAAAUUAUUAUGAAACAAGAUGGGGUGGGGGUGGGGUGGGGGGGGAUUAUGCAUGCAGUCGGUGAUUUGGGCACAUUCAGAGUAAGGACUAAGUGAUUUGGAGUUAAGUCACUCGUAUUGCACAGUUUAAAGACCAAUUAUUAACACUGGUUUAUUAAAUAAAAUAAAGACAAUAUAAUACUCCCAAUUUAAAAAAAA